AAACCCAAAACUCUAUUGACUAAUGACGAAUUCCCAUUUGGCCGCCAAAAGCUUAUUCAAAUCGAACCCGCUGGAGCUUGCUUUAUAUAGAGAGCAGAGUAUUCGCGCUUCUCUUGGGGGAGACGAGAUCAGAAAUGGCGAGAAGUAAUAGGUUCUGUUCAGGGAGACACCCUUGCUUCUUCAAGGUUUUCCUCCCCAAGCCCAACAUCAAUCCCGAACGGCUGAGAAUCCCAUUUGGUUUUCUGAAACACAUUAAAGGAGAAGGUUCAGGAACUGUUUGGUUAAGAGGUCCUAGUGGGAAUAUGUGGCGCGUGAACUUGACUAAGAACCCCGAUGGAUGGUUUUUUGAAGAUGGUUGGGAAGUGUUUCUGAAAGAUCACAUCUCAAAACCAGGCGACUUCUUUGUUUUCAGAUAUAUUGGUAACUUUCAUUUCUCUGUGCAAAUAUUUGAUCCAACUGCAUGCGAGAAAGAAGCUUCUUUUCGUGUCAAAUGCAGCCAGGAAAAUAACGCUUUUGUAGAACCCCAAGGGAAUAAGAGAGGGAGAGAGAUUAUAGCAGAGGCCUUGAAACCCUCUCCAUUGAAACCCUUUGAAAUUGCAUUGAAGAGGAAGAGAGUUAACCCUCCUCAAGUUCACUUAGAACGUAGAACCAGAAAUGGAGCACAUAAAGUAAAUAUUGUUAGUAACAGGGGCCGUGGAGGACAAGAUGCAGUUUCAACUAAAGCAGACAAAGACUCUACCUUGCCCUGUCAAAUCAAGGAACGUGACAAACACUUAUCUCUAAGAUCAAGCAGACAUGUAAAAAUUGAAAUGGGGCCGGUUACCAGAGGGAGAAAGAAAAUUUCUGACCUGCCUAUUCAUGAAACGGUUUCCGAUACCGGAGGAUGCUGCACAAGGAAGGCAGUUGAGUCCUCCUCGAAAUUUCCUUAUUUCGUGAGGUGCAUAAAAGCGUCUAAUGUCGGCCGAUCAAGCCAUCUGUCAAUCCCUGGAGACUUUGCCAAGACACAUCUUCCCAGACGAAGAACAAAUGCCAUCCUUCGGAAUUCACAAGGAUCCUGGAUUGUAGGAUUAGAUCUAGGUAGGGAAAGAUCUACCAUUCGUGCAGGAUGGAUAAACUUUGUACGUGAUAACAUGAUCAGAAAAGGAGAUACUUGCAUUUUUGAGCUUGUUGGUGAGCGAGAAAUGCGAGUGCAUGUUUUCCAUGAAAGGAGGAUACAGAGCAUAUCAUCAAAGAGUCCUGUCAGUUCUGUUUGCCCAUGUUGGUCAGAAGCUUGCGAAGCUGAUCCGAGUAUAGAUCUUGUAUCCCAUGAAAAGGCUAAGAUAGAGAAUGCUCACUUGCCUAUUGAUGAGAUGGAUUCACAUACAAGAGGUUGUUUGUCGAAAGGACAGAUGAGAACUGAAGGAAGGGAAAGAGUGCGAAGAACAGCCCAAUCCUUCACCUCUGAUUUUCCUUAUUUUAAGUGGUGUAUGAGAGAGUAUAAUGUGGGAGGAAGGCGGCUUAUUUUGCACAUACCAAAUUAUUUCAGUAAGGAACAUUUUCGUGGGUAUGGAAAAAAUAUGAAAAUUCUGCUUCACAACAGAGGUAGAUCUUGGGAGAUGAAUUUACUUGUUUCUCGUCGGCAAUAUUCUAUUUCUCGUGGUUGGGCUUCCUUUGUGCGUCAUAACAACAUACAAAAAGGUGAUAUCUGUGCAUUUGAACUUGUUGGAAAAACUGAUAUGCGUGUUCGUAUCUUCCGGGUGGACAAGAAAGUUAAAUUUGUUGACAAUGGAAGCAGUUGAGAGGAGAGACAUAUCCAUAAGAAGCAUUUGUGUGGUACAACCAUCACAUUGAAUUGAAGAUUCAUACUGGAAAUGCUCCUGUUCUUUUUGUCAUGUUUUCAGAUUUUGUACCAAGUAUAUGGCCAAAUACUAAUGUUCAUGGCCUUCUGCAUAUGUAUGCUUGUGAACUUUAAAACAUUUUUCUUUAGUGUUUUUUCAGUUAAUCUCCUAUAUGUAAACCAUGGGCAUGUUAUGCCAGUGAUAGAUGAAACCAUGAAAUAUUACAAAACCA